AUUAUUUUAUUUCAUUAUUCUAUUAGUAGCAGAAUAUAUCGUGAAUCGAACGGUAUUUUCGACUGAUAAUGCCUAUCAUCGUACAUCAACAGUGGACUGCUUCUUUCAUGCCUUUUUUUUCAGGUCCUCUUUAGAGAGCUUUUUAACAUGGUAUCCCCCUCAAACAGCCUCACAGAAAUUCAACGGCGGAUAGAUGAAGUCAAGGGGUUUCUCUCUAUAGCUCUGAGCAUCGCCAAUGCUCACACUGUGGAGUUUUACACUCACGACGUGUGGAACCGGUUCAUGGCCGUGCCACCUCAGGAGGUCCUGUCAACGGUUAGUUCAUGUAGUGGCCAGCAGAGGGCGCCAGAGUGCAAAGCAAAAGCAGAGAAAUCUACAACCACAUUCGGGUUUUGUAAUGUCACAAACCGGCUGCUUGAUACCUGUGAACUGCUGCUGGCGGCCAAGGCCCACUCUCUGCCUGGCCUUGGAGUCUGUAUGAGCAGAGAUGAGCUACUGCAGGCCUUGAGAGAGAAGAGGGAAGACACAGGUGCUGAGUUGCAAUCAGAUGAGUUUAUGAACUCCAAGAAAUCUCAUGAGGUCCAGUCCAUGUCUGAGGUGGUGGCCUGUCUGGCCCAGCGCUGUGGAGUCAAACAGGUGAUAGAUGUGGGCUCAGGGAAGGGCUACCUGAGCUCCUUCCUGUCGCUGCAGUACGGCCUCCGGGUCUACGGCAUCGACUCCUCCAGCACCAACACUCAUGGAGCCCAGGAGAGGAACAGGAAGCUAAAGAAGUUCUCCAAGGCUUACCAGAAACACAGCAAGACAGCGAGAGCACAGAGUGGAGCGACGCCUUCACCUCAGGAGGAGUUAGUCGACGUAAAGCCUGGACUGAACAGAGAUGAGAAUAUUUCACAUGGUGGUGGAGCAGGAGUUGUGUCACAGGAGGAGGGGGUGUUGAUUGGCUUAUCAGAUGUCGACACUGCAGUGGAAAUGCAGUCGGAGGCCAACCCAGAUACAGAGGAGCUCUACCUUAGUGCCCUGUCAGUGGAUGUGAUACAGACCAUGUCCCCCAGAGUUCCCCCCAGCCAACUGAGUGCUGAGGAGAGGGAGAGGAGGAAGAGAGAGAACCUGGAGAGGAAAGCUCAGAACAGAACCGAUGGCGCCAGCACUGUGUUUUCUCCCCUCACGUCUUACAUUACUGCAGAAACAGAGCUCAGAGAGCUCAUCAAUGAGCUGGAGGAUGCGGUCAUGGUCGGCCUGCACACAUGUGGCGACUUGGCUCCCAGCACCUUGAGGAUGUUUGUGGCUAAACCGGAGUUGGCCGCAGUCUGCAGCGUGGGCUGCUGCUAUCACCUGCUGUCUGAGGAGUUUGACCCUGCCGGACAGGGGUGUUCGAGCGGUGUGUGUGGUUUCCCUCUGAGUCAGUACCUCCGCGACCAGUCGUGGUUCUGCGGCAGAAACGCCAGGAUGUCUGCUUGCCUGGCACUUGAGAGAGUUUCACUCGGCCAAGGGAUUCAGAUGGAGUCUCUGUUCUACCGUGCGGUGCUUCACGUCAUCCUGAGGGAUCAUUACAGCUCCUUUAAAAGCGAAAAGCGAGUUGGAAAUGUCUACUCCAAGGCUAAAUCAUUCGUGGACUAUGUUCGUCGAGCUCUGCGCAGGCUGGAGCUGGAUGAAUCAAAGCUUUCUGACAGCAAAAUCCAGGAUUACCACGACACAUACUGGCCGCGUAUGGACGAGAUGCACGCCUUUAACAUGUUGAAGGUGACCCUGGCUCCAUGUAUUGAAGGUUUGAUUCUCCUUGAUCGCCUCUGCUACCUGAAAGAACAGGAGGAUUUAUCUCUCUCUGCACUGGUGCAACUCUUUGAUCCCCUGCUGUCACCAAGAAGUUACGCUGUUGUUGGACUGAAGAGUUUCGAAAGCAGAACUUCAAGCUGAUGAACUUAUACAUAUGCACAUGAUUACGACGUGCUGCUCAUGAUUGUACGUGAUUAUAUCAGCAGUCAUACUUCAGGAGUGAUUGUAUGAUGACUGUAUUCUUUUAUGCUUGUUUUAAUUAUAUGAAUGAUUUAAUCUAAAUUUUGUUGGUUUUUUUUUUUUGUAUCCUUGCAGUCUCUGCAUCACUUUCAGUCACAUCUUGUUUUGUUUUAUGUAACUGUUUUUGAUGAAAAAUAAAUCUUCAAUAUUUUAUGUCUUGACCUUGUGCCCCUCGUGAAGCUCCAUGCUUAAAAACACCUGGAAAAACCGUCAGGCCUGUCUGAUUGAUCCGGAUUCUAUCCACCUCAGCGCUUUUUGUCUUUAUGUUUAGUGACUCUGGAGAACACUUGUUUUUAAGGGCUGUUCAGGGAGCCAGCGGUAUUGUGGGAUUUAGAGAAGCUUGGAUCCCCUCUGCUGACAGGUCUGGAAACCCCAUUUCCAGACUCCCAAACCAGUGUACGUAAGGGAAAAGAUAGGCAAGAGCCCUUGCCUUGACCGCCCUUUAAUCUUUACUUCUGUUUUCCUCUGUGUUUUGUCAUUCAAUAAAUCACAGUCUUUUUACAUGUUUGCUAACAAAUGUUUUAGGCCUGAGUGCACAAAUGCAUUGUAGUAGGAAUUAAACUGAAACAGUGUCAGUGAAAGUGAGUGCAUGAGCCCAUCUGACACAAUAAAAGCUUGUGAGCCACUG